AUGGGCCAGUGCGUCACCAAGUGCAAGAAUCCUUCUUCCACUCUUGGCAGCAAAAAUGGCGACCGAGAAUCGAGCGGCAAGGCUCACGGCAAGCGGAGCACGAUUCACAAGGAGGAACACUGCACCGUCGGUGGGAAAUCCUCCGGGGACAUCCUGGUUAAUGGGACAAAGAAGAUGGAAGCCUCUGUAGAGUCUAGUCAUCCUCCUUCUUCUUCCGGGGAUGCGAAGAAAGAGCCAGUUUCUGGCACGGAGGAAUCGUCCCUCCACAGGACUGAGGAAUUAUUUAGGAGAUACAAGGACGAGCGAGAAGAUGCCAUAUUGGAGGAAGGCAUGGAGCAUUUUUGCAACGACCUCUGUGUCGACCCAACUGAAUUCAAAGUCCUCGUCCUGGCAUGGAAGUUCCAGGCAGCUACCAUGUGCAAAUUCACAAGGUGAGUUCCUGCAGCUGUGACCUGCUCAAAGACUAUUUCCUGACUUACAUAAAUAUUGGUGGAUUGCCAACUUGCUGAUUGAUUGUGAAUCUACAUAAGCUGUAUAUAAGAGAAAACGAUUCUAACAGAAACCAUACUCCCCAUGUCUUUUAGGUGAUGCACACUGCGUCGUUUUUAGAAGAGGCACCCCCUUUUUUAUACAUUAGAGGAUGCCUCUUCAGGUGAUGGUUUCAGGUUUUAUAAAUAGUUGGAUUACAAAAAAAUGUUUUUGAAAAUUUAAACCUGCUGUUGUAAAAAUCAUGAUUCUCAGAUUCUUCUCUUUUUGGAAAAAAGUAUGUGCAAAUGAGUUGUUUUUCUCACCUUUUUGAAGGCUUGCAACUGGUCCCUCCAAGUGGAGUCCCAUUCUCACCUGUUAGGUUGUUGUUGUUAUUGUUAUUAUGGCAGCUUCCAACAGAAUAUAAAAGAACACAACAAAGCAUCAGACAUUAAAAGCUUCCCUGUACAGGGCUGCCUUCAGAUGCCUAUGGAAAGUUGUUUGUCUAUCUCUGACAUCUGGUGGGAGGGUGCCAAUACAAGAAGGCCCUCUGCCAGGUUCCCUAUAACUUCUUGCAAUGAGGGAACCGCCAGAAGGCCCUUGGAGCUGGACCUUGGUGCCCAGGCUGCACAAUGGGGGCAGAGACGCUCCUUCAGGUAUACAGGGCUGAAGUAUUGUGGAGGGGGGUGCAGCUCACCCAUUGACCUACCCCACGAGGACUGUCAUGGUAACCCAGGUAAGUCUGUGAACUGAGCUACAGAUCUUUGGUGCUUCAAGCACCUUUUAGUGCAUGAGCAUAAGUCCAAGAUUAGUUAACAGCAGGAGAAGGUUGUUUGCCUUCUAUCUCUGCGUGUGGGCUUCCUGGAGUCAUCCGGCUGCCCGCUUUGGGAAGCAGGAUGCUUGACUGAGUGGACCUUUGGGAACAGCCUUAUGUAUGUGUUUUUAAUUGUGUGUGUGUGUGUGUGGAAUUCGCUCUCUCUGUGUGUGUGUUUUAGUAUGGAAUUGUUUUCACUGCUGAUGUUUUAACUGUAAAUCACUUAAUAUAUUAUAAAGGCACUGAUUCAUAAAAAGGUAAAGGUAAAGGGACCCCUGACCAUUAGGUCCAGUCGUGGCUGACUCUGGGGUUGCGGUGCUCAUCUCACUUUAUUGGCUGAAGGAGCCGGCGUACAGCUUCCGGGUCAUGUGGCCAGCAAACCAGAGCAGUGCACGGAAACGCCGUUUACCUUCCCGCCGGAGCGGUACCUAUUUAUCUACUUGCACUUUGACGUGCUUUCGAACUGGUAGGUUGGCAGGAACAGGGACCGAGCAACGGGAGCUCACCCCGUCGCGGGGAUUCAAACCGCCAACCUUCUGAUCGGCAAGCCCUAGGCUCUGUGGUUUAACCCACAGCGCCACCCGUGUCCCUUGAUUCAUAAAAGGAAUCAAAUAAAAAUUAUUUGAUUCAUAAAAGGAAUCAAAUAAAUAAAUAAGCUGGGCUGAUCCAAUAAAUAAGCUGGACUGAUCCACUAGGCUUCAGAUUGUGAUGGGGAGGGAAUCAUGUCUUUGCAUGUUCGCAUACAGUGUAAAACUGUGUGAAUGGAAAUAAGUGCAACAGGCAGGACUGAGGGGGUUUAAAUUCCUUCAGGGGUAGCAUGAUGCUCAGUGGUGCAUAUGUUUUCACAGAAUGUUUGAACCGGCAUUUCUUUCCGGUACCAUUUUAUGAUUCCCCCUUUCCCAACACAAAUUAAUUGGGAUCAAAGGGAGGAAUGCAAAACUCUUCUGAUCAUUUUGUCAGCAGAAGCAGUUCUACUUGCCACUUGACACCCCCCCCCAACUCAUCCCUCUGAGUGCUGGUUUGGGGGUUCUCACCCCUGAUCCAGGAAGUUGCAUGUAGCCGCUGUGACUACUAGCCCUGAGGUUUUUGCGUGUGAUGCUGAAGAAAAGGAGGUGAUCUAACUGGCUUCUUUUCCCCUUGACUAGGACGGAGUUCUUUGAGGGCUGCAAAGCAAUAAACGCAGACAGCAUCGAUGGGAUAUGUGCCCGGUUCCCCAGCCUCUUAAACGAAGCCAAACAAGAAGAUAAGUUCAAGGAUCUCUACCGUUUUACCUUUCAGUUUGGCCUGGACUCUGAGGAGGGACAGAGGUCGCUGCAUCGGGAAAUAGCCAUUGCCCUUUGGAAACUAGUCUUCACUCAGAACAAGCCCCCGAUAUUGGACCAGUGGUUACACUUCUUGAAUGAGAACCCCUCAGGAAUUAAGGGAAUCUCCCGGGACACGUGGAACAUGUUCCUAAAUUUUACUCAGGUCAUUGGGCCGGACCUCAGCAAUUACAGUGAAGAUGAGGCCUGGCCCAGUCUCUUUGAUACCUUUGUGGAAUGGGAAAUGGAGAGGCGGAAGAAGGAGGAGAACACCAAAUGCGUUGCAGCUUCACAGACAACAAGCCUGUGUAUAGACCACCAUACUUAG